AUGGCUAGAACAAGCGCUCAAGUGAGCGAGUACGAGCGUGCGAGACAAGAGAAAAUCGCCAAAAAUCAGGCAUUGCUGCAGCAAUUACAGCUCGAUGCUCAGCAGGCUGGUCUGGGACCAAAGAAGGCCAAAGCAAAGCCUGCUGCCAGCGCAGGAACAAAGAGAAAGCGUGAAGUGAAGAAGGAGAUCAAGGAAGAAGGUCCACGUAGGACUUCGUCUCGUCUGAAGGGCAUAGUCGCGGAUUCCGAGGUCGCCAGGCAGAAGGAGGAAGAAGAGGCGCAAGCAUUCCAGCAACAACAGAUCGCGAAGAGGCAGCGUGUGAGCGAUGAUAUCGAUCUCAAGGAGGCGAUAGUCAACGGCGCAAAUUGGAACAGGUCCGGCAAUUGGCUAUCUUUGGUUGGACCAGCCAAUCCCGGAGAGAGGACAUUCGAUGCUCAAGAUGUGAAGAACACUUCAGACAAGGAGCUGAAAGCAUUACGCGAGCGCAUGAGCAGCCUACAGUUGUGGGAAGGCGCAGAACCGAACAGAAUCAAGAUCACGCCAGAACGAAUAUAUGCUCUUGGAUUUCACCCAACGCCUGACAAGGCACUCGUGUUUGCAGGAGAUAAAACAGGUAGUCUGGGACUUUUCGACGCUUCACAAACCUCCCCUGAGAAGAUCAAACAAGAAGCAGAUGAUGCAGACGAAGAUGGAGAUGAGGUCGACGAUGAGGUGGAACCGGCCAUCACCACAUUCAAGAUUCACACGCGAACGAUCAGCGCAUUCCAAUGCUCCCCACACGAUCAAAAUGCUCUAUAUUCAGCUUCCUACGACUCUUCAAUACGAAAAUUGGACCUCGGAAAAGCAUCAGCAGUAGAGGUCUACGCGCCUGAAGACCGCAGCGAGGACCUUCCAGUAUCCGGCGUCCAAAUUGCUCACGCAGACCCCAACGUGCUACACUUCACGACCCUAAACGGCCAGUACGGUAUGAAAGACCUCCGAACCCCGGCCCAUCAAACGAUCGAACUCCUGCAACUCUCUGAAAAGAAGAUCGGAGGCUUCUCCCUACAUCCUGCCCACCCACACCUCCUCGCCACUGCCUCCCUCGACCGCACACUCAAGCUCUGGGACCUGCGCAAGAUCUCCGGCAAAGGCGGAAAUCGUCUUCCUCAUCUCAUUGGCGAACACCUCUCUAAACUCUCUGUAUCUCACGCAGCAUUCAAUUCUGCCGGACAAGUCGCCACCGCAUCCUACGACGACACAGUCAAAAUCUACGAUUUCUCCUCUUCGGGAGAUUGGAAAUCUGGUCAUGAACUCGAUGGGACAGAGAUGAAUCCCGCAACAAUUGUACCGCAUAAUAACCAGACGGGUCGUUGGGUGACGAUUCUGCGAGCGCAAUGGCAAUUGCAACCGCAGGAUGGGAUUCAGAGGUUCGUGAUUGGAAACAUGAAUCGCUUUGUAGACAUUUAUACUGGCGACGGGAAACAGCUGGCCCAGUUGGGAGGCGAGAAUAUUACGGCUGUGCCUGCUGUAGCGCAGUUCCACCCGAGUAUGGAUUGGGUUGCGGCUGGGACAGCGAGCGGGAAGUUGUGCUUGUGGCAGUAG